AUGGCGGGCUCGACCACGAUCAAGCGAACACUCGCGUUGAAUUCCAAGUUGACCGCGAUAAUCGUUCUCCUGUGCUCUCUCGAACUUGGCGCAUUCGCAAGUGAAUCUGAGGAUUCCGAGACUCCGCAUUGGUCUAUCGACAUUCCCGGCUUCUAUCAUCGGCUCUUCUUCAGCGGCGGGGAGACCGAGGUCCGAGCCCACCAUAGGGGUCUGACUGCGGUCCACAAUGCAUUACCGGAACGCGGGACCAGCUCGCUGCGGCUCAGCAACGGAAAAGUCCUGGUGAGCUCGUUUUUCCUCAACGAGCAUCUGGUUUCGUGCCGACUUGAAACGGACCCGGUCGAGAUAGCUGAUUUCUACAGAAGUCUCACGGACGACUUCAACUGUGCGGAGCAGAAGAAAGCGGAAUCUGCGGCAGGAUCAGAACGGAUCGAUUCCCUUGCACACCAGAGCAACACAUCAAAGUUCACUAGUUAUAAGGAGUCGAGACGCCAGGUGGAGGAGAUGGACCCGAGAGAUACGUCCGACGAAUCAUCGUCCACCGACCCAGAUGGAGAGAAUGAGUCUUCGGAUGUCGACUUCGACGAAACUAAUGAAGUUAAACAGUCGGAUGCCGCUAGAGAGCCAUUUUGGUGCUCGAUUGAAGAUCCUGUUGGUAGACAAAUUUGGAACGAGACCUUCGCUCUGCUCGUGAACAGUGCCGAACAGAGAGAGCUGAUGCGGGAAAUUCGGAAAUUCCUCCAGUUUCGAGUGCGGAGAAGGGAAUGUCGCUCCCUGCAGAGAGCAAUGCGGCGGGACGCGCUCCGGAAGGAGAAUAAUUAUGAUUCCAGCAGGACUUCGGAUACCUCAGAUGAAGGCGUCGGCUACGAAGUCGCGUCCGAGCGAAGUUCGCGGUCUCGACGAUCGAAACGCUCGAUUUUCUCAUCGAUACUGCCCGGUACAAAAUGGUGCGGGUCGGGCAAUCACGCGAAGUCCUUCAACGAGUUGGGAGCUUCGGCAAAAACCGACGAUUGCUGUCGAGAACACGAUCAGUGCCCCUAUACAUUGGUCAGCUUCCAGAAGCGUUGGGGGUUACGCAAUAGGAGUUUCUUCACGUUGUCACACUGCAGAUGCGACGAAAGAUUCCGGUCGUGUCUGAAGAUGGCGAGAACUUCACAAAGCCGAUUCGUCGGUCGCAUGUUCUUCGAUCUGCUAUCGAAACAGUGUUUCGUCUUCAAAAAGGUUCGAGGAUGUGCACGAUUGUCCUGGGACGGGAGUCGCUGCGUCCGAAAGAAGUGGACCAAGAGAGCCAUCGUCAGAGAUGGCAUGUCCUACUACUAG